AUAAAUCAAACGACAAUAUGUCAACGACAAGUUCCUCCCCUCAAACCACGGAUUACGAGGAUUUCCACGCUACUCUGAACUCCGACCUAGACACUCUGUUCGGGGUCAUCUGCUGCAUCUGCUUCCUUUCUGGAACAUUCGGCAAUGUCGCUGCCUUCUUCUUCUUUAAAUUCUCUAAGAACAACGUGCCUCACUCCAUCUACAAGAUCAUAACAGCGACAGAUUUCUACAUUUGUAUGUGCAUUCUGCCGGUGGGUAUUUGUUACCUGAUGGAUCGGAGUCCAGGUAUCUUGUUCGGAACCACUGUUCCCUGCUACAUCUGGGGGUACACUUGGAGCAUUGUUGGGCGGCUCAGUGUCUUCCUGGUGGUGGUUCUAAGUACAACCCGGACUUGCCUGGUACUGAAGCCUUUUUACACGGUGAGAAUCAAGGUGGUCAUUGGAUUCAUCGUCGGGUAUUUUCUGAUCCUGUUGAUACAGAUGCUGCUGAUUCAGUGGUUCACCAAGGCUAAAGUCGUGUACAAGAGACCAUUUGCAGAGUGUGUUUUCUUCACUGACAGCUCCAAGGACCUAAAGCACAAAGCUCUCUACUUCAUAGGCUACACCGUGCCCUUCAUCGUCCCAAUGUUCUUUGUUAUCCUAAGCUGUGGACUGACGAUCUGGGCGAUUGCGAUAAAGCCCAGGAGGAACGACUCCCACACGAAGGUCCAAGCUGCUUCCAGUGCCAGAGUAACCAUGACUAUUGUCAUCUUCACUCUCGUCUAUUCUCUCUUCAACAUUCCACUGGUCUUUGACAGGCUUCUCCUGGCUAUCCGCGAUCUUUUCGAGGUCAAAGGUUUCGAGAAGUUUCAUAACUUUACAAACGUCGAGUACUAUCUGAACUUUACGUACAGUAUCAGUGUAGCGAUCAACUCCGCACUCAAUCCCUGGCUUUACUUAUGGCGGAUGGCAAACUUCAGAAGGUUUCUUUGCGAUCUGGUCCAUCGGCUGCUGCCUGCACGGUGUCAGAAUGCGGUCGGGUGCAGUCCUGGGAGUUAUCGCACAGCUGGUAAGCGGGGUAGUACACUGUUUGAGACCACGUCUUUUAUUGCCUGAGACAUUUACUUGUGCCUGCGAUCAAUUACAAAUUUUCCCAAUUUGUGGCAGUUUGCUACAUAAUUACUUACUUUAGGUGGG